AUGCAAUUCAAGUCGCUCCUCCGUCUCCGAGAUAGCUGGCUAGAUGUGACCCCAGGUAUGCCAUUGAGGGCCGACCAGGUUGCUUCGGAUGAUGAACGAGCUUGGCAACGCGACAUCAAGAAAUUUCGAAAGAAGGCCCCGCCCCGUGCGCGCGAGACACAUCAGCUACGUGAGACUGCGGUUGUGCGAAUUCCUGCCGAAGCCGGCGAUGGCUAUUUUCAGCUAGUUCUCUGCCAAGGACACAAGAAGAAGGUGCUCGGUAAUAGCCCCGUGUUCCGUGUCCUCUCUACAUCUACUGCCCCCAGCUCUAUCCGUGGUGCGAGCUUGAGCACGCUACCGCUGGAGGUUGGGGCGAUGGUUGUGAGCCUCUAUGCCCACACUGCAGCACGAACUAUCGCAGGUCCAGCUGCAAUGGCCAUUCAAUCUAAAGCUGCCCCCUUUCAGGCCAAAGCUGCCGCGCUUCGUCCAUCGUGGGUGACCAAGACCGUGGUCCAAAAGGCUUACGCGAGUAGUGGUAUCGAGAACCGCGUGGGCGGUAUUAUCAAUGGCCCCAACGGUCCUAUCGGGCGAUCCCAGGUCAAUCCACCAGCGCCAGAAAUAGCUGGAGGCAGUGUGGUCUCUAUCGAAGUCGGUCCUCAGCCACCGUUUCCUAUGACAUUCAAAGCUCGCUGCCAAACAGACCGAAUCCUUUACUCCAAUGGCCCUAAUGAUAUACCCAAGUUGAGCUUAAUUAGAAUGCCUGACUGGGUCACCGAGCAGUUAAGGGGCUACUUCUUUGGCUGGGCUCGAUUUGACACCGGGUCGAGCAAAGGCCCGUCGACUAGUGAAUGGUACCCAGCUAUCUUGUCUGUACGGGCGUUAGAUCCCCUCCAGGCGGUCAGGGUAAAUCUGGCGCAAAUAUCAAAACGCGUGGUUGCAAUUCGCCUCCUCGAGGAUGUUCCUCUCCAAACGAGCAAAAUCGAGAUUCGUGUUUUGGGAUACCUUCGGGCUGAAAUCGCACCGCCCUCUGGGACCACGAGCAAAGAGCUCGCUGAUGCGCAAGCGGCAGCUGCAGAGGCGGCUCUACUCGCUGAUGUAUACGAUGCAUCUGUUGUGCAGGACACUUUGGCUCAUCCCGCGUGGGCUGCAGAACGCCCGGUUCUGGACCUCCAACAAAAUUCAAGUUGGAUUGAUCGCACGGUCGAGGGGUAUACCAAUAUCAUCACCCGUGGACAGAAGUUGGUAGAACAAGUCCCGUUACAUCUGAUCGGGGUUCGGUCUGUCACUGAUGAGCUUAAAGAGAGCCAAAUUGCUGUGAAUGGGUUUUAUAUUGUCCGCUAA